UAUGUACUUGAGAGAGUAGUGGUGGUCAUAAGUUAAUCUUGGCUUUUGCAUACGAUUUCCUCUAUCUCCUUUCUUUUGUAGUCCAAAUUAAACCCUUAUGUUCUUGAAAGUUCCUCACAUCAUUAAUAUUCUUGUCUGAUAGAUGUCUUUUGAAAUAUCCAGAUAUUAAACCUGCAGCCUAGCUAUACAUUUGAGUAUUAAGCUCUUUGGUAGUUGUACAUGGAUCUUUCUACUGAGCAAAAUCAUCACCAGGAAAUGUCUUCCCAACCACUAGAAAGCAUGUUGGCAUGCACAAAGCCACAGCAAGAAAAGAAAUUACCAAGGCCUCAAGAUGAAGCACAAAAAUGUCCUAGAUGUGACUCUGCCAACACCAAAUUCUGCUACUACAACAACUAUAGUCUCACUCAGCCUAGAUACUUUUGCAAAUCAUGCAGAAGGUACUGGACAAAGGGAGGUACAUUAAGAAAUGUUCCAGUAGGAGGGGGGUGUAGGAAGAACAAAAGAUCAUCAUCAUCAUCAAAGAGAUCAAGUCCAGACCAAUCCUUGAUUGCCACUUGUCCUAAUCAAAUAUCAUCUCUCACACAAUUCUCUUAUGAUCCCAAUGACCUUAGCCUAGCAUUUUCUAGGCUCCAAAACCAAGAAAUUGGGCAAUUAGGACUUCAAGACCAUGAUAUCUCAAUGAUGGGUCCCGAGUUGCAGAGAACGAUUCGAACUGAACCAAUCUUUCUUGAAGACCGUGGCAUGUGCACCUCUUCUAGGGAAGUUGUUUCUCAUGCCGGCUUUCUUGAUGCACUAAGGGGUGGAUUUCUUGAAACCCCAAAUGGCUUCUUGAACCAUAACUUGUGCUACUAUGAAAUUGGCAAUAAUGGGAGCAAUAUGGGACAUGUUGAAAAUGCAAGUGAAGAAAUGGUCACAAAUUUUGAUCAAGAAAUGAGAAGGGGCAUCACAACAUCCAAUAUUGCAAUGAAAGAAGAGAAGUGCAUCCAAUAUUGCAUGGGAAGAGAAGGUGAGGAUAAAAUCUUGUGUGGAUUUCCAUGGCAGAUUAAUGGAGAUGGAAAUAAUGUGGCUGAUUUUGAGUUAUCAAGCAGGCAAAAUUGCAAUGGUUUAGGGGUUCCUUCUUGGCAUGGACUUCUCAAUAGCCCUCUCAUGUAGAUGUUAGAAAAGAGAAGCCAAUCUUUAAUAUGCAAAACUAAAAGAUACUACUAAGAGUUUUUGUUAUUAGAACAAAUUUGAAGAUUAUUUUAGUGGUCUUUUGUGUAAAGAGAUUUGAUUCAUCUGAAUCAUGUCUCUCUCUCUUAAGCUUGUUUUGGAGAACUAAUGAAAUUAAACUUCCAAAUGUGUUCUUCAAAAGACUAGCAGUAAAGGACAUGCAGCGGCCUAUGUAAUUUCAUA